GCGCGACAAUGGGAGGUGGCGCUUAGUUGCUUUGAUGAGAUGUCAGCUGCGUGUUUGCAAGCUGAUGUCAUCACGCUGAACUCACUCGUGUCCUGCUGUAGUCGAGCAGAAGCUUGGCAAGAGGCUUUAUCCAUUUUCGACUCAUUCGAGAACUGGCAAGUACAGCGAGACAGGAUCAGCUUCAACUCUGCGAUGUACGCCUGUGAGCGUGUCAGCUGCUGGCCCUUGGCAGUGCACAUGUUUGAAGAGAUGCGUCAAGCAGGUAUCCAGCCAGAUGUAAUCUCCUUCAACACAGUCCUGGGCGCACUGGAGGCGUCUGGCCACUGGCCCCUGUCACUCAGCCUGCUACAGGAACGCAGCAAGUGUUGGCCAGCUGAUCCUGUUGCAGUUGGGGUCGUCGUUGCUUGCUGUGAGGCGUCUCGCGCAGUCUCAGCAGCCGUCCGACUUGCAAGGGCGCAUGCUGUCCAGGUGCCAACACCAAACGCGAUAGCCUUGCCCGAAUGUCGUGGCGAAGUCCAGGCGGACGACGCGAGCGAUGGGAGCUUCGAGCACACCUCAGUGUUGCUGGAGGAGGUGACCGAAGCCUUUGUGGCAGCGCAGCUGCCACGAGGAGCUGUUGUGGUCGAUUGUACUCUUGGUGGUGCUGGUCACAGCCAGGCCCUCCUGGAAGCCUUGCCGCAUGUAAGGCUUUUUGGAAUCGACAGGGAUUCCUUGGCGCUCCAAGCAGCUGCCAGACGCCUGGCACCCCUGGCGCACGAUGAUCGCUUGAAGCUGGUGCAGGGCAACUUCGCCGAUUUUCCUCGACUCCUCCAAGAAUCAGGUGAAAGGCCCCUAUGUCAUGGACUCCUCGCAGAUUUAGGAGUUUCCUCACCGCAGCUGGAUCGCUUUGACCGGGGCUUCAGCUUUCGUGGUGAUGGCCCGCUGGAUAUGCGAAUGGACACUGAAGACACAAAGGCCAGGACAGCUGCCUGGUACAUCCGGAAUUUGCAGCCAAAGCAGCUUGCAAAUUACAUUCGCGACUUUGGAGAGGAGGCCCCUGAGUUUGCCGAGCUCGUGGCAGAGGAGUUGUGCGCCGCAAAGCCGGCGCGGACCAGGGAGGCGGUGAAGAUCAUCGAGGAGUGUGCUAGACAAGCAUGCCUUCCAGCUGGGCGAGUUCAUGUGGCUACGAGGACUUUCCAAGCUCUCAGAAUCCUUGUGAACGGGGAGCUUCAAGCUUUGGAAUCACUGCUCCUUGCCGCUGAGAAAAACUUGGCACCUGGAGGCCUUUUGGCAAUCAUUACCUUCCACUCAUUGGAGGAUGAUAUGGUCCGGCGAAAGGUUCGAGGCAGUGCCUUGGCCAGAGGAUCUCGAGAAGAUUCGCUUUGGAUCCCCGCAGGCUCUCGAGAGGGCUUGAGGCCCAGUGAUGCGGAGCUGCACAACAACGCCAGGAGUCGCAGCGCGCGGCUACGCUUGGCGGUGCGAGCGGGCAGGAUCGCGAACGAGCGGCGCCCAUUCGACGUUGAACGGCACCCCACGCCAGCGAUGCGGCUGACCUCAAAGGACUUGGGACGAUUUCAAGGGCAACGAGAUGCUCUUCGGGCGUUGCUUAAAGAGCUGGAUCGGCUUCGCUUCAGGCAAUGGGAUGGAGCGAACUUCUUCUUCAUCGUCAGCCUGAGUGCUCAGGAAUGGGAUAGCUUUCAAAUCCUCGAAGAUGGGAGUUGGGAGCGUGCCUUCUAUCCCAGUUGCCGUGAUGGCUCUCCGUUUCUUCAGCACCAUUUCAUGGGUCCAAAUGGAAAAGGCCAUGGCCACAACUGGACUAUUGGCCGACAUGAGAAUGAUGCUGGAAAGGCGAAGAGCCUCUACAAGGUGGAACUUUGCCCAGAUUCCGUUGGGCGGCCCGGCUCGGUGACCUGGCGGAAACUCCGGGACUCGGAGAUGGACGCAAUACGGGCACAGGUGCAGCCGCAACUGCCGGAUGAGAGACUGCGGAUGCUGCAAGCGGUGCUUGCGCAGCACAGGUAUACUGGCGGGAAGUCGAAGAGUAAUGUUUGUGUGCGAGUCACUGCUGGAAUGCAGUCCGCAGCCACCAGUGAGAAUCCCAAGGCCGUUUUCCAUGAGUCCUUGAGUAUCCUGGUGGAGCAGGGCACCGAUGUUGUGCUCGUUGAGCUUUGGGAUGUGCGAGAGCGCCGAGCAAUGGCGAGCUUGAAGUUUGAUCCCAUGAAGGACCUCCUUCACAGCGAGGACCUGGGCAGGGAGAAGGUCUAUCCCAUGAAGCAGAAAACCAAAGGAUUGCUGAACCCGCGCGUCAGGCUUAGCUUGCACUUAGACACCGAUGAGGGUAUGGAGAAGGGGCUUUUGCAAGAUGUGGAUAUGAGCAGAGAGACCGACAUGAUGCUGCGCACGCAGCUGCAGAAGGCCCAGGCAAGUGAGCGUGCACGCGGUGGCUCAGAUUCCGAGGAUGCACCUGCAAAGGAGCUGUCCAAGGUGGAACUUUUCGCGAAGGGAUGCGCUGGACCCUUGGAUCAGUUUGGAAGCUGGGGCCGCCGUGACCCAAAAUGGAUUUGUGUGAGAGGACCUCCGGAUCAAAAACGCCACACACUCUGCAUUUACAAGGAUGAGUCGCAAUGCAGAAAAGGGGACAAUCCAGAGGUGGAAGUCGAACUCUUGAAGGUGUUGAGCGUGCAGCCAGACCCGGCGCGGAAGGAGGUCUUCAUCAUCAACUAUUUGGAGAAGAACAAGGUGAAGCAACGGCUCACCUUCUCGCGGAUUGAUCGUUCCCGGGACAUUUGGGUGGAGAUGCUGACGCUGCUUAUCACUAUGAUCCGUGAAGAGAAAGAGUCGAAGCCCAGCCCAAGCAAGCGGUAG